GAGCCGUCUUUGUCUCUGCCACAAGAAAAAAUCAUAAAAUAAAAAAGAAGCGAAGAAAAGUACAGAAAUUUUUUAAAAAAUAAAAUAAAUCUGUCGAUCAGAUGUUGAUGUUGAAGUUCUUUGAUAUAAAUAUUACAAAAAUUUGUCUUCUGAUUGUUGCUGUUCUUCAAUGCGGAUGCAAAUACGACGAACGAACUGGAUUCAGAGAAUUAAUUUUCGAAAAUCGACGGAGAUGGUUGCUGUUGCAUUGAUACUCUGAGAUGUUUCUGGCUGCAAAGAUGGCGGAUUUGUGAAUUGGGAUCGAGAAUUGAAGCGUAGGGCAUUGAAUUGGGGACGAAUCGAUUUCUGGGUAGGUGGGUUUUCGCAGUUUUAUGUACCCUCUCUGUAGUUUUUCUUGGAGCUUCCGGUUCGUCGGGGAUUCUUGAGGGCACGUGGCGGCAAUAUACGGGUGCCCCUUUUUGGCAUUUCACUGGAGGGAAGAUCUGAAAACGGUUUCUGUUUCCAUUUUACUUGAAUCGCAAGGUUGUUGAAUCGAAAUAGAGAAAGAGGAGUUGCUGAUGGGGUGCCUUUAGUGUUUUGUUUUGUUAGUCUUUGUUCUUAUGGGGUGAAUUUGGCGCGGUUGCAAUCAAGAGUAUGAUUGUGACGAGUUUAGUGUUUCAAUUUUAGUAUUGGGGGUGAAUUGGUCAGGUUUCCCAUCUAGAGUUUGGCUUGUUAAGAGUGGUGAUUGGCAAAUGAGCAGGGUAGCAGAAUCGUUUGUCGAUGGCUGCGCCCAACAAGAUGUUCUCCCAUUUCAUUUCCAUGGUGAAAUCAUGGAUCCCUUGGCGAUCAGAACCUGCUAAUGUUUCGAGGGAUUUUUGGAUGCCUGAUCGUAGCUGUAGGGUAUGCUACGAGUGUGAUGCACAGUUUACUGUAUUUAACCGUAAACAUCAUUGUCGACUUUGUGGUCGAGUUUUCUGUGCUAAGUGUACAGAGAACUCAAUUCCUGCCCCCUCUGGUGAUCCAGGAACAGAUCGGGAAGAGUGGGAGAAGAUUCGUGUAUGCAAUUUUUGUUACAAGCAACGGGAACAAGGCGUAGCUAUUCCUGAUAGCGGAAUCCUGAUUGCCAACUUGGAUCUUAGUUCUUCACUAUCAGAAACAAGUUUUGCUAGCUUUAAGUCAUGUGGCACUGGUAGCAGUAGUAGCUUCACUAACUCAAUGCCACACUCAGCUGGACCAUAUCAACGACUUCAACUUGGUUCUGGCCUCAGCCCCAGUCAGUCAUCUCUAAUGGAAACUAACACAGAAAACCAGAGCAAAUUCGGACCAUGGAGGAACACUGAUUUUGGUGCCAAUAUGUCUCCAAACCAAUAUGAAGUUGCAACUGCCAGGAGUGAUGACGAGGAUGUUGAGUCUGGUAUUUUUCAGUCAGAUUCAAAGAAUUAUUCUCAAGUCAGUGACUACUUUAGUCACAUUGAUUUUGAUGAGAUGAGCAACGAUGAUGGAUCCCAUAAGGUGCAUCUUGAUGGUGAAAAUAUUGAUGCGAAAAAUUUAAGUAGCUCCUCGUUACUUCCCAGUUAUGACUCGCAGGUUUUGGAGGGAAUCCCACAGCUCGAAAAAAAAGAAGAUGAACAUGAUAUUGGGGAUGAAUGUGAGGCAUCUUCGUCUAUGUAUUCUGCAGGGGAUGGUGAUAUACAACCUGUGGAUUUUGAGAACAAUGGACUUUUAUGGCUCCCCCCCGAACCAGAAGAUGAAGAAGAUGAAAGGGAAACUGUUCUGCUUGAUGAUGACGAUGAUGGUGAUGCUACAGGAGAGUGGGGCCAUUUACGUGCAUCAAGCAGUUUUGGAAGUGGGGAAUAUCGCAAUAGGGAUCGGUCAGGUGAGGAGCACAAGAAGGCCAUGAAGAAUGUAGUUGAUGGACACUUUAGGGCUUUGGUAGCUCAACUAUUGCAGGUUGAGAACCUUCCAAUCGGCCAGGAAGGAGAAACAGAAGGUUGGUUGGAGAUCAUUACAUCUCUGUCCUGGGAGGCUGCUACACUAUUAAAGCCAGAUAUGAGCAAAGGUGGAGGGAUGGACCCAGGUGGUUAUGUAAAAGUAAAAUGUAUAGCUUCUGGAUCUCGCUAUGAUAGUAUGGUGGUCAAAGGAGUUGUGUGUAAGAAAAAUGUGGCUCAUCGACGAAUGACAUCCAAAUUAGAGAAACCUCGGUUUAUGAUACUUGGUGGUGCUCUUGAGUACCAGCGUGUUUCUAACUCCUUGUCAAGUUUUGAUACUCUAUUGCAGCAGGAGAUGGACCACUUAAAGAUGGCAGUAGCAAAGAUCGAUGCACACCACCCUGAUGUCCUUCUGGUAGAGAAAUCAGUUUCUCGAUAUGCCCAAGAAUAUCUUCUUGCAAAAGACAUAUCACUUGUUCUGAAUAUCAAGAGGCCACUUUUAGAGCGCAUAGCUCGCUGCACAGGUGCUCAAAUAGUCCCUUCAAUUGAUCAUCUCUCAUCACAGAAGUUGGGCUACUGCGACUUAUUUCAUGUGGAGAGGUUCAUGGAAGAUCUUGGUUCUGCUGGUCAGGGUGGGAAAAAACUGGUGAAGACAUUGAUGUAUUUUGAAGGCUGCCCAAAGCCAUUGGGUUGUACUAUUCUACUUAGAGGUGCUAAUGGGGAUGAGCUGAAAAAAGUGAAGCAUGUGGUUCAGUAUGGGAUUUUUGCCGCAUAUCAUUUGGCUUUGGAGACAUCCUUCCUUGCCGAUGAAGGAGCCUCUCUGCCAGAACUCCCAUUGAACACUCCAAUUACUGUGGCACUUCCAGAUAAACCAUCAAGCAUUGAGAGGUCCAUUUCCACGGUGCCUGGUUUUAGUGUUGCUGGCAAUGGACAGUCUCGCAAUGAACCACGAAGAUCCAACAGCGUCCCAGUUUCAGAUUUGGACUCAGCUAUCAGAAGUAUACAACCUCCUUUACUAAGUAGUCGUACCUCUCUACCCACUCCUCCCACUUCAGGUUUCACCAUUUCUACAUCUGUGUACCCCACUCCAUCUGGGAAUGCUUCAGAUACCACAUCUGUGUACUCUACUCCGUCUGGGAAUGCUCCAGAUACUUAUCACAAGAGUCUUUCUUCUUAUCAUAUGUUUGAUAAUCAAAAUGAAAUGAGUUCUAAAGAAUUUUCAGAGGUGGAAAAUUCUGCAACCAAAAUUUGCUCUGAUAUCAUGUCUAGUCAUCUCGCUGGCAACAAUUUGAGGUCUUUAGAGACUAUGGGACAGGGUAUCUUCUCAGUUGCCCAAAAUGAUGAAAGUGUAAGUACUGGAAAUCAACUAGGUGGUUCAGACAAUUCAUUUCUGCAUGAAGAUGGUAAAACUCAAGCUGAUGAACCAGGACCUAUGAAUGAAGAGUUUCCUCCGACACCUUCUGACCAUCAGAGCAUUUUGGUUUCCUUAUCAUCCCGGUGCGUGUGGAAGGGGACUGUCUGUGAGAGGUCGCAUCUGUUUCGAAUCAAAUACUAUGGAAGUUUCGAUAAACCAUUAGGACGGUUUUUACGAGACCAUUUAUUUGAUCAGAGUUAUCAAUGCAAUUCUUGCGAGAUGCCUUCAGAAGCACAUGUUCACUGUUAUACUCAUCGUCAGGGUACUCUCACUAUAUCUGUUAAGAGGCUGCCAGAAAUUCUCUUACCAGGUGAAAAGGAAGGAAGGAUCUGGAUGUGGCACAGAUGCUUGAAGUGUCCGAGGACAAAUGGAUUUCCUCCGGCUACUCGGAGAAUAGUGAUGUCUGAUGCCGCAUGGGGUUUGUCAUUUGGGAAAUUUUUGGAGCUCAGUUUUUCAAACCAUGCGGCUGCAAGCAGAGUGGCGAGCUGCGGCCAUUCCUUACAUAGAGAUUGUCUUCGUUUCUAUGGAUUUGGGAAGAUGGUCGCUUGCUUUCGGUAUGCAUCAAUUGAUGUUUAUUCUGUCUACCUUCCACCCGCCAAAGUGGAUUUCAAUUAUGAGAAGCAGGAAUGGAUACAAAAAGAAACAGAUGAGGUUAUUGAUCGGGCAGAGCUUCUUUUUUCUGAAGUACUUAAUGUUCUUCGUCAAAUUGCGGAGAAAAGAUCUGGUUCAGGAUCGCAUAGUAGUGGCAUGGUAACACCUGAAUCGAGACACCAAAUUGUCGAACUGGAAGGAAUGUUACAAAGGGAGAAGGUGGAAUUUGAGGAAUUGCUCCAGAAAACUUUGAACAGAGAAGCUAAAAAGGGCCAGCCUGUUAUUGACAUUUUGGAGAUCAAUCGGCUGCGAAGGCAGCUGCUUUUCCAAUCUUACAUGUGGGACCAUCGCUUAGUUUAUGCUGCCAGUUUAGAGAAUAACAGACACAGCGAUGGUUUGAAUAGCUCAAUUCCAGAUGAGGGGAAACCUGCAACUAAUAGUGAAGAUAUUGCUGAUAAUGUGGCAAUAAAUCCAGGAAAAAGUUAUAAUAGUUGUGAUUCCUUUCUUGUGGAUACAAUGCUUAACAAAGGAUUUGACCACGGGGAAGACAUUGCCAACACUGUCCACUCUGAAAUGGUGAAUAAAGAGAGAGACAGUGGCCGAAAUUCAAAAUAUGAAAACGAAGAUCAGUGUAAUCUCUCUGAUGGAGUUAGCACCUGUGAUCAAUCUGAUCCUUUGAAACCAAGGGCAGGUAUUCGUAAAUCCCUCUCUGAUGGUCAGUUUCCUGUCAUAAUGGAUUUGUCAGAUACCCUUGACACUGCAUGGACUGGUGAAAAUCAAUGUGGAUUUGGAACAGCGAAGGACAGUACCCGCACAGUUCCUGUUUUAGGUCUAGCAGAUUCAAGUGCCUCUCCCGUGAAGGACGGAUUGAACUUAGACCAUGCAGAAGACCAGAAUGGGCCCAAGCUUGCGCAUUCUGCUUCUGGAUUAUCUACCAAGGGGUCUGAAAAUAUGGAAGACUCAGUAAGCUGGUUGAAAAUGCCCUUUUUAAACUUCUACUUCAAUAAGAAUUUUUUAUCUGCUUCUCAGAAGCUUGAUACACUUGGUGAGUAUAAUCCGGUCUAUGUUUCAUCCUUUCGGGAGUUGGAACUUAAAGGUGGGGCUAGGCUGCUUCUGCCUGUGGGGGUAAAUGAUACUGUUGUCCCCGUAUAUGAUGAUGAGCCCACGAGUCUUAUAUCUUAUGCCCUUGCCUCACCAGAUUAUCAAUUGCAAAUAAGUGACGAUGGGGAAAGAACAAGAGACAAUGGCGAUGUUAGUUUGUCUGACUCUCUCGCUAUGCAGUCACACCAUCCUGAUGAUGACACAACAUCUGAAUCCCAUCGAAGCUUUGGGUCUACUGAGGAGAGCCUUUUGCCCACAUAUGGAUCUCGUAGCUCCCUGGGUUUGGAUCCGCUUUCAUACACAAAAGCUUUGCAUGCAAGAGUUUCUUUCGGAGAUGAUAGCCCACUUGGUCAGGUUAAAUACUCAGUGACGUGUUACUAUGCAAAACGUUUUGAAGCCUUAAGAAGGAUUUGCUGCCCAUCUGAGCUUGACUAUGUAAGAUCUCUUAGUCGUUGUAAAAAGUGGGGAGCCCAAGGUGGAAAGAGCAAUGUCUUUUUUGCUAAAAGCUUGGAUGACCGGUUUAUCAUCAAACAAGUCACCAAGACGGAGUUGGAAUCUUUCAUAAAGUUUGCUCCCAGUUAUUUCAAAUACCUAUCUGAAUCAAUUGGCACAAAAAGUCCAACAUGCCUGGCAAAGAUUUUGGGGAUCUAUCAGGUUACAUCAAAACAUCUUAAAGGAGGGAAAGAGUCGAAGAUAGAUGUCUUAGUUAUGGAGAAUCUUUUGUUUGGAAGAAAUAUUACGCGGCUCUAUGAUCUCAAAGGAUCUUCACGGUCUCGUUAUAAUCCUGAUUCUAGUGGGAGCAACAAAGUACUGCUGGAUCAGAACUUGAUUGAAGCAAUGCCCACAUCUCCGAUCUUUGUGGGAAACAAGCCAAAGCGUGUGUUGGAGAGAGCUGUCUGGAAUGAUACUGCUUUUCUUGCUUCAAUUGACGUAAUGGAUUAUUCACUACUGGUUGGGGUGGACGAAGAGAAUCAUGAGUUAGUACUUGGAAUUAUUGAUUUCAUGAGGCAGUAUACAUGGGAUAAGCACCUUGAAACUUGGGUUAAAGCUUCGGGCAUCCUCGGUGGGCCAAAGAACGCUUCUCCAACUGUAGUUUCCCCAAAGCAGUACAAAAAAAGGUUCCGGAAAGCAAUGACAACCUAUUUUCUGAUGGUUCCAGAUCAGUGGUCUCCUCCGUCGAUUGUUGCAAGUACAUCCCAGUCUGAUUUGGGCGAAGACACAGGUGGUAAUUCGGUUGAAUGACGCUGGGAGUCAAUCCACAUGUACAUGUAAGCAUGCCAUUCAGGAAUUGACCCUGCCACAUGAAUUGUUACCUCAUUUCAUUUACUUCCCUUUUUUGAUAUCUCUAUCCCAAUUCUUUUGUAUAGAAGUAUAUCGUUUUGCAUUUUCUCGUUUUACAUGAGAAAUUCAUGAUUAUUUUGCUAGAAGAUGCAGAAGAAGGCUGUUGAAGCCAUGGAAAUUUUGGUCGGGUAUAGUAUUGGAUGACCUCCCCAUUAAAUCCUUGUGUAGGAAGGAAUAUAAUUCUUGAUGUAUUUAGCAUUAAAAUAUCUAUGUUCAGUGAAAGUCCUUUAGAUUUUUGUACCUGUAUA